AUGAAAUGGACGGAGAAUGCAAAGGAAGGAGUCAUCGUAGCAGGAGCUCAAGGCUAUGGAAAUAGUCUUUCGCAAUUGUCAUCCCCUUCUGGAGUUGUUGUCAGUCAAUCGGGUAAUGUUUAUGUAGCCGACAGUUGGAAUCAUCGAGUAAUGUGUUGGUCCAAAGAUGCAAUACAGGGAAGUAUUGUUGUAGGUGGAAAUGAUCAGGGCGAUAAGGCGGAUCAGUUAAACAAACCAGUGGGUUUGUCAUUUGAUAAAUACGGCAACCUCUAUGAUGAUUCAGGUGUUUUUCUUCGUACAACAUUAAAUCAUAUUAAGUAUGCACUUAUGAAUGGUGAUCAUGGAAUUAUUCAUAUACUUGAUUUGUAUAUUUGUAUAACAAAAGUUAAAGUAAUAGAAAAUAUGAUGAAGCGUGAAGUCCAUUCACCAAAACUGUUUUAUCCAGCAGUUAAACGUCUUCAAAUCGCUUAUCGUUUAACAACAAAUGGAAAAUCUCAAGAAGCUGUUGAAAAAUUUUGUUCAAUAUUAUUAUCUGUUCCAUUAUGUAUUAUUGACUCACGUCAAGAUAUUCUUGAGAGUCAACAAUUAACUGAAAUAUGUAAAGAAUAUAUUACACGGAAAGUUUUAAGCGUUGGUGAAAAAAAUCCCAUUGAUGAACAUCCAUCAAAUUAUAAUGAACAUAAUAGUCCAUUUGAUAUUUGCGCUGCAUCUGAAAACUCAUUAUCUGGUACAGCCCAUUUACCGGAUUUUAUAGGACAAUUAUGUCGUGUUAUAAAAGCAACUGAAAUUGGAAAAGAAUCUCUUGAUAAUCAUUAUGGUGAUGAAAAUCUUGAUUCUACUAUAGAAAAACAUGGUCUUAAUGGAGCAUUUCCAAGAACUGUUAUAAUAACAACAAUGAAACGAGAAACAACACCAUCGGGAAGAUGCGUUAUUGAAAAACAAAUUCAAUAA